AUGCCCGCGCGCGCGCUCGCCUUCGCGCGAUCGAUCGCGAUCGCGCCCGUGACGGACCGCCGCGUCGCUCGCGCGCGAGAGACGGGCGAUCGAUCGCGAACGCACACGCGCGCGUUGGGUGGUUUCGGCCCGAACAUCGACGCGGAGACGAUCAAGAAGAUUCAAGCGGCGAAAGCGGCGAAGAUCGCGGAGAAUAAGCGACGGGCGAGCGAGACGAAGGGAAAGUUUACGUUCGGUGGACGACGGGAGUCUCAGCGCACGAUCGCGAGCGUGCCGUCGAGGGCGGGGCGGACGACGCCGGGCGGGUCGAAGACGCCGGCGAAGACGCCGGGGAAGACGCCGGCGAAGACGCGGUCGAGCGAAAAGGAAGAGACGCCGAGGAAGAAACUCUUUGGAUUAUUUUAG